CGCAGCCUCCGAGCGCCAUGGAGCCGGACGACGCGGCCGAGGCGCUGGCGGAGCUGCGGCAGCGGCGGCUGAGCGCGCGGGAGCUGCUGCAGGCGGCGGCGGGCUCGGGGCUGGCGGCCUACGCCGUGUGGGCGCUGCUGCUGCAGCCCGGCUUCCGCCGCGUCCCGCUGCGGCUGCAGGUGCCGUACGUGGGCGCGAGCGCGCGCCAGGUGGAGCACGUGCUGUCGCUGCUGCGGGGCCGCCCCGGGAAGACGGUGGACCUGGGUUCCGGCGACGGCAGGAUCGUGCUGGCGGCGCACAGGUGCGGCCUGCGCCCGGCCGUGGGCUAUGAGCUGAACCCGUGGCUGCUGGGGCUGUCGCGGCUGCACGCGUGGAGGGCGGGCUGCGCCGGCGCCGUCCGCUACCGCCGGGAGGACCUCUGGAAGGUGAGCCUCAGCGACUGCCACAACGUGUCGGUGUUCCUGGCCCCCAGCGUGCUCGCCCUGCUGGAGGAGAAGCUGCAGGCGGAGCUGCCCGCCGGGGCCCGCGUGGUGUCUGGACGGUUCCCCCUCCCCACCUGGCAGCCUGUGGCCGUGCUAGGGGAGGGCCCGGACCGCGUCUGGGCCUAUGACGUCCCUGGAGCCCCCGGCCCCGGCCCGGCUGACAGUGGGGCGCAAUAAAGACGCAGGGGCUCUGUCCCGA